CUCCUCGGAUGGAAGGGCCCGGACAGCCGUCCCAACUUCCCCGCGGGGUGACACGGGGGCCGGCUCGUCGCGCCAGCGGGUGGGAGAAAAGCACGCGUGGGUGUCGGCAGAUACACAGAACCACUCAGCACCCACGGGGCCGCUUCGGGAACGAAUGUUUUGGAGCCCAUGACCCGUGAAGUCUUGUCAACAUUCAUACCGCCUGAGGGUAUCGGCAAAGAAGUAGAAGUAGACUGCUGCAGGCGAUUGUUGCCAAAGUAUCUCUUUAAGUGACCCCCGGUGCUUAUGGGACGUUGGCUUUGGACCCUCUGUGACACACCAUGCUGCGUGGGAUGAUGAGGACUCAGAGGGGAAAGAGGCCUGAGGUCACACUCGCUUGCCUCCUCUUGGCCACAGCAAGCUGCUUUGCUGACUUGAACGCGGUCCCGCAGGUCACCGUCCAGCCUGUGUCCACCGUCCAGAAGCUGGGGGGCACCGUGAUCCUGGGCUGUGUGGUUGAACCCACGUGGAUGAACGUAACCUGGCGCCUGAACGGAAAGGAGCUGAAUGGCUCAGAUGAUGCUCUGGGCGUCCUCAUCACCCGCGGGACCCUCGUCAUCACUGCCCUCAACAACCACACUGUGGGGCGGUACCAGUGUGUGGCCCGGAUGCCUGCGGGGGCUGUGGCCAGCGUGCCAGCCACCGUGACGCUAGCCAAUCUCCAGGACUUUAAGUUAGAUGUGCAGCACGUGAUUGAAGUGGAUGAGGGAAACACAGCCGUCAUUGCCUGCCACCUGCCCGAGAGCCACCCAAAAGCUCAGGUCCGCUAUAGCGUCAAACAGGAGUGGCUGGAGGCCUCCAGAGACAACUACCUGAUCAUGCCUUCGGGGAACCUUCAGAUCGUGAACGCCAGCCAGGAGGACGAGGGCAUGUAUAAGUGCGCCGCCUACAACCCAGUGACCCAGGAAGUGAAGACUUCUGGCUCCAGUGACAGGCUGCGCGUGCGCCGCUCUACUGCUGAGGCUGCCCGCAUUGUCUACCCACCAGAGGCCCAGACCAUCAUCGUCACCAAAGGCCAGAGUCUCAUCCUGGAGUGUGUGGCCAGUGGGAUCCCACCCCCACGGGUCACCUGGGCCAAGGAUGGAUCCAGUGUCACCAGCUACAACAAGACACGCUUCUUGCUAAGCAACCUCCUCAUCGACACCACGAGUGAGGAGGACUCGGGGACCUACCGCUGCAUGGCCGACAACGGGGUUGGGGAGCCCGGGGCAGCGGUCAUCCUCUACAACGUCCAGGUGUUUGAGCCCCCCGAGGUCACCAUGGAGCUGUCCCAGCUGGUCAUCCCGUGGGGCCAGAGCGCCAAGCUCACCUGUGAGGUGCGCGGGAACCCCCCGCCCUCCGUGGUGUGGCUGAGGAAUGCCGUGCCCCUCGUCUCCAGCCAGCGCCUACGACUGUCCCGCAGGGCCCUGCGUGUGGUCAGCGUGGGGCCCGAGGAUGAUGGCGUCUACCAGUGCAUGGCUGAGAAUGAAGUGGGGAGUGCCCAUGCCGUGGUCCAGCUGCGGACUGCCAGGCCAGGUACAACUCUGAGGCCCGGGCGGGAUGCUAAGUUGGCCACUGCCACACCUCCCGUGCCACCCUCCAGACCAUCCAGCCCUGACCAGAUGCUGAGGGGGCGACUGGGGCUCCCCAGACCCCUGCCAACAGCGCAGCCUGCUUCCCCGCAGUGCCCAGGAGAGAAGGGGCAGGUGGUGCCUGCCGAGGCCCCCAUCAUCCUCAGCUCGCCCCGGACCUCCAAGACCGACUCCUAUGAGCUAGUGUGGCGGCCUCGGCAUGAGAGCGGGAGCCGGGCGCCCAUCCUCUACUACGUGGUGAAACACCGCAAGGUCACCAACUCCUCUGAUGACUGGACCAUCGCUGGCAUUCCGGCCAGCCAGCAUCGCCUGACCCUCACCAGACUCGACCCUGGGAGCUUGUACGAGGUGGAGAUGGCAGCCUACAACUGUGCCGGCGAGGGCCAGACCGCCAUGGUCACCUUCCGGACAGGUCGGCGUCCCAAACCCGAGAUCAUAGCCAGCAAGGAGCAGCAGAUCCAGAGAGAUGACCCUGGAGCCAGUCCCCAGAGCAGCAGCCAGCCAGACCAUGGCCGCCUCUCUCCCCCGGAAGCUCCAGACAGGCCCACCAUCUCCAUGGCCUCUGAGACUUCCGUGUAUGUGACCUGGAUUCCCCGUGGGAAUGGAGGCUUCCCAAUCCAGUCCUUCCGUGUGGAGUACAAGAAGCUAAGGAAAGUGGGAGAUUGGAUUCUCGCCACCAGCGCCAUCCCUCCAUCGAGGCUCUCCGUGGAGAUCACAGGCCUAGAGAAAGGCACUUCCUACAAGUUCCGAGUCCGAGCUCUGAACAUGCUGGGAGAGAGCGAGCCCAGUGCCCCGUCGCGGCCCUAUGUGGUGUCGGGCUAUAGCGGCCGCGUGUAUGAGAGGCCUGUGGCAGGCCCUUACAUCACGUUCACGGACGCAGUCAAUGAGACCACCAUCAUGCUCAAGUGGAUGUACAUUCCAGCAAGUAACAACAACACCCCAAUCCACGGCUUUUAUAUCUAUUACCGACCCACAGACAGCGACAACGACAGUGACUACAAGAAGGACAUGGUAGAAGGAGAUAGAUACUGGCAUUCCAUCAGCCACCUGCAGCCAGAGACCUCCUACGACAUCAAGAUGCAGUGCUUCAAUGAGGGAGGGGAGAGCGAGUUCAGCAACGUGAUGAUCUGUGAGACCAAAGCUCGGAAGUCUUCUGGUCAGCCUGGCCGACUCCCACUCCCGACUCUGGCUCCCCCACAGCCGCCACCCCCUGAAACCAUAGAGCGGCCUGUGGGCACUGGGGCCAUGGUGGCACGCUCCAGCGACCUGCCCUAUCUGAUUGUUGGGGUCGUCCUGGGCUCGAUCGUCCUUGUCAUCGUCACCUUCAUCCCCUUCUGUUUGUGGAGGGCCUGGUCUAAGCAAAAACAUACAACAGACCUGGGUUUUCCUCGAAAUGCCCUUCUACCCUCCUCCUGCCAAUACACCAUGGUGCCCCUGGGAGGACUCCCAGGCCACCGAGCCAGUGGACAGCCCUACCUCAAUGGCAUCAAUGGACGAGCCUGUCCUAGUGGGAUCCAUAUGGCGAGGGGCUGCCCUGCAGUUGCCAUGGGCUACCCAGGCUUGAAACCCCAGCAGCACUGCCCAGGGGAGCUUCAGCAGCAGGAUGACACCAGCAGCCUGCUGAGGCAGACCAUUCUUGGCAGUGGAUAUGACCCCCAGAGUCUCCAAAUCACCAGGGCUCCCAGAUCUAGCCCAGAUGAGGGCUCUUUCUUAUACACGCUGCCCGACGACUCCACCCGCCAGCUGCUCCAGCCCCGCCCGGACUGCUGCCUCUCCCCAGAGCAGCCUUCCGCCGCGGGCCCAUCUGCAAGGAGGAGGGCUCCCCCAAGUCCCAGGCUGGAAGCAACGUGGGACCCUCCCUUUCACCCAGGGCCCCCAUGUUGCUUGGGCCUUGUACCCGUUGAAGAGGUGGACAGUCCUGACUCCUGCCAAGUGGGUGGAGAAAGCUGGUGUCCCCAGCACCCCACAGGAGCCUACGUGGGACAGGAACCUGGGAUGCGGCUGUCCCCCAGCCCACCGGUGCAUGUGUCUUUUGAAACACCCCCUCCCACACUUGAGGCAGAAGCCAAGAUCCCAGAAAGACUAGAUAUAUUGCUUAAAAAAAAGAGAGAAAGAGAGACAGAGAAAAAUUGGUAUUUAUUUUUCUAUUAUAGCCAUAUUUAUAUAUUUAUACACUUGUAAAUAAAUGUAUUAUGUGUUUAUAUAAUUCUGGAGACACGUGGGAGCCCUGCCUGUCAAGGCACAGGAGGGAGAGCAAGCCACAACCUAAUAGGAGUCCGCCAGGAGGGAGGAGCACCGACUGAGGGAGUAGCUCCCUACCAAGCAGGAGCACAAGCACCGGCAGCGGCCUGGAGGCUGUGGGCUGCAGAGAAGCUGGUGAGAAGAAUCCUAGGCAUUUUGCUCGUUAGGACCUGAGGGGAAAGCCAGGCCCCGGGCUCACAGACUUGGAGACCCCUCUGGAGGCGGCUGGAUCUGGUGCUGCAGGAGACGCUUUCCUAAGCCGCCCAUGAGCACAGACUGUGAGUGCACAGCACUCGGAGCAUUAGCAAACCUUCCAGAAUCAACCAUCUGAGGCAACGUAGCUCUGUAAAAACAAACACUGUAACUUCUAAAUAAACGUUUAGUCUUCCCUGUAACCUCCAACUUCCUCAUGUAUGAGUGAGCAUUUUCCUUAGAUGCUGGACUUCGGUCUUUGCAUAUCUGAAGAAGAUACUUGCUGAGACCAGCAGAUGGCAGAAUGGUUAUGUUGCUGGACUCCCACGUAGUUAAUCAUGGUUCGAGUCCCGGAUCUGGCUACCUAAAACUCAUACUUGGCAUGUGAGCGUGUGUGCCCAGGAUCCUGAGAG